UCAUAUAUCACGCUCCUUGACGUUCUGAAGGUUGAUUCUUAUCAAUGAAGCGUUCAUAGUAACCCCUUAUUGUAUGCAGACAAACUGCUAUAAGCAUUCAUUAAAGAUAAUAUUAUAGCGUCGUACUGUGUUAUAAGCAAUCAUAUUGAACGACUUCAUAUAAAUCAUGUGUACUAACGUAGUUAUUUAAGAGUCUAGACUGUAGUAAGGAUAAAAUACAUUUUUUUCUACAAGAAUGAAAAUUACGGAAAGUGUCGGCGAACAGGGUGAAAACAAUGAAGAGAAGCCACUAUUUAUAGAUUUUUCACAGCUACACGAUCAGCGCCACCAAUACAUCGAUACAUUAAUCAUGGCGUCUGAGGUGGAGAUGGAAUCAAUGAAAUCUCGACCAUCGUCCACACCUCGAAUACCGACCUUAUCUGGUCGAGCAAAACUAGUGAGGACUCCAGGUAAGACACCUGACGCAAGAACGAUCUCAGAGGAACUAGAAACAGGCGUAACAGAACAUGUGGUGGAUCCGGUCCUCAUCACGGAGAUCAGUGGUAAAUCUUUUCUGGAAGAUUCGGAGAACAGCGACGAGGAACAGUUCUAUCAGCAUGAACUGGGAGUGGGUGAAAUGGAGAUCGAGGCUAUGUCCACACCGGAACCGGUUUGUGCAGAACCGAUGACUGAGAGUAGACUAGACGAAUACUGGGAUACUGAUUUAGAGGAAGAAGAGGAAGAGGAACCUGUUGAAGAAGAUCGCACAGUCAGCCAUUACAAGCAAGUGUGUCAAAAUCUAGGCGUGGUACCUAUAUCGUAUUUUAUACGACAUAUACAUGACCGGGAUAUUAAAAUGAGAUUUCAUGGAUUAGGACCAUCAGCUACUAAAGCAAUAUCUUUAAUAUUAAAGGACGAUGUUCAUCUAGAACGACUGAAUCUUCAGGGUAACUGGAUGCAGACGGAAGGGGGUGUGGCAAUAGCAAGGAUGUUGGAAGAAAACGAUUACCUAACAGAAGUGGUACUAGGUGAUAAUAAAUUAGGUAAUGAAGGUGGUAUACAGAUGUGUAAGAUGUUAGAUAUAAACGCUGGUUUACGUAUAUUAGAUUUAUCAGGAAAUGAUUUUGAUGAUAAUUGUGCUGAACAUUUUGCUACAGCUAUUGAGGAAUCCAAAUAUAUAAAGAAAUUAGAUUUAAGUAGAAAUCGGUUCGGGGAAGCUGGAGGUGAAUGGCUUGGACCUGCUAUUGGUGCUAACGACAGAUUAGAUACAUUAGAUUUAAGCUGGAAUCACCUGCGGAAAGGUGGCGCUUGUGCUGUAGCUAAAGGCCUAAAAGAAAAUGUCGGAUUAAAAGUUUGUCGCUUAGCGUGGAAUGGUUUCGGACCGGAAGGUGGUGUUGCUAUGGCUGAAGCAUUAGUUGCUAACCAAUCACUGAUAGAGCUAGAUCUAACUGGUAACAGAUUAAACCACUUCUCAGCAGAAAAAAUAGCAAAAUCUUUUAAAAUCAACGACACGUUACGGAUAUUACGAAUGGGUAAUAAUCUGAUUACAACUGGUGGUGCUAUAGCUCUGGUUAAUGCGGUUAAUAAUUAUGAAGCUUGUGAGUUACAGUUAUUAGAUCUAACAGACGUUCCAGUAGAAUAUGAAUUUUUACGAAUCGUAGAAGAGAUAAAGUCCAAGAAACCUGACUUUAGAGUUAUCCACGGUCCAGUGGCGCGCUCUGGCAACACGAAGAAAGAUUUACACAAACGAGGAAUUAAUCCGUACCGGAAGAAAGAACCGGUGGUGAUAUUAAAGGAACAUAUCAUGGUCAAUGAUAUCAGAUUGAUUGAUAUAUUAGCUAGAUAUGACCCGACCGGAAGUUAUUGUAUAACACCGGAAGAUUUUGUUACAGCAUUAGACGAGUUAGCAGUUCCCUAUGAUAAACCCCGAUUACGUGAAGCUAUACAGAAGAUAUCGACGGAUCAAUCAGGGCGGAUAUUGCUCGGGGAUGCGCUACAGAAUAAAGACCUGGAACAACUAAAGCGUGUGGUAACAUUCACUGAGAGUGAAACGGAAACGUGACGCCAUUUAAUUCGACUUAUAUUAUAUGUAUAUAUUGUUAAUGGUUAUCAAUGAGGGUAAUUCAUCGAUAAAUUGUUUCUAUAAUUUGA